AGGCCGUCUCGGCUCGCUCCAAGCGGGCCCGAUGGCUCCAAGUGCACAUCAUCCCAUCUACAUUUACCACCCACAAGACCCUCCUGAAUUCCCUACACAUCUCCAUCCGUAAGUUUUAUUGAUUUCUCUUUUGAUGGGCACGCGCCACUUGCUCUAUGCGGUCGCCCUCUGCGCCCUGGCCCGGGCCCUCGCGCAGCCGCGCUUCGGCCGAGACCGGCCAGGCGACGACGUUGUCCUUCUCCUGCAGAUCUGGCCCGACAAGGAGCACUGGCCGGAGGCGCUCCACGGGGGGCGGCGCGACGGGCCUGACGCCGACAAGGACUACGUGGUGAUAGACCUUGCGCCUGCGCCUGGUGUGGUCAAUGCCAGUGCGAAGGCCGAGGGGGCCUCCAGCGGGACCCCGGAGAGCCAGGCCGCGGGCGCGAACGCCACGGAGGCGGCGGUCGCCGGCGCCGCGGGCGGUGCCUCCGUCAAGGCCACGUCCCAGAAGGUGGUGGACACCAGCGUUCCGGACUUUGUGGUGGCGGAGCUCGCGCCCGUCCUGGGCGGCAGCACAAACGCCAGCACAAACGGCAGUGCGGAACCCGAGGCCGCGGGCGCGAACGCCACGGAGGCGGCGGUCGCCGGCGCCGCGGGCGGUGCCUCCGUCAAGGCCACGUCCCAGAAGGUGCUGGACACCAGCGUUCCGGACUUUGUGGUGGCGGAGCUCGCGCCCGUCCUGGGCGGCAGCACAAACGCCAUCACAAACGGCAGUGCGGAGCCCGAGGAGCCCCCAGGGCAGCAGAGCCCCGACGGGCGGAUCGUAGACGCAGCCUCUAUCCACUCCCCGAGCCCGCCGGACCAGCUGGCGACGAGGCAGGACCAGCUCCCCGCGCGCGCCGCGCAGAAGCACAGCCCGGUGGUCUGGCUCCCCCCGCAGAACAGGAGCACGGUGGACACCGCCGUCCAGUUCACGCAGUGCGGCGAGG